AUGGCCGAUAUUAUCCUAGACAGUGAUUCGUUUAAUGGUAAUUAUGACGAAAGCAACCCUUUGGUGCUGCCUUCACAGAAGAACCUGAAGAAGAAAAAGAAACAUGGUGAAACACCAAUACCGAAAAUUUUAUCGCGUUCUAAGCGGAAGGAACUACAAAGACAGAGAAACGAACUUUGGAAAGAACUAGGAUCUGUGUAUGGCUAUGAUGCCAAGACUGCAGCAACUGAUAAAAUAGCAGGUAAUGCGAAGCAGAAGUUAACUAGUAAGUGGCGUCUGGAUGAGGUUUCAAAUGCUUCGCAGUCGUCCGCUGAUACAAAUGAUUUUAGUUCCUCCGAAGAAGCUGAGCCUGAUGCUACGGAAUCUUCGGCUUUAAAUGACAAGAUUCAUCUUUCGGAGUGUGAUCCAUCAGUUAUUGCUCCUGAGGUAAACAAUUCGGAUAAAGUAGGCAUUCGUCAUGUUAAAGAGCUUGAAAUUCCAACUGUUCCUUCUGAUUUGGACGUUGCAACUUAUGUUCUCGUCAACCGUAGUCCUGCGAUUCAAACUGCUCGACUUGCUCUUCCAGUUGUUGCGGAAGAAGUGCGAAUCAUGGAGCAGAUUAGAGAGAAUGAUGUCGUUCUAAUUUGUGGCGCUACUGGUUCUGGUAAAACUACUCAAAUUCCCCAGUUUCUCUAUGAAGCUGGUUACACCAGAGAUGGAUAUAAGAUUGGCAUUACUGAGCCUCGUCGUGUGGCUGCUAUAUCAAUGUCCCAACGUGUGUCCGUAGAAUUGGGUCUAAACAACAGCGAGGUCGCUUACCAUAUUCGUUACGAGAAGAACACAAAUGGCAAUACAGAAAUCAAAUUCAUGACCGAUGGCAUUCUACUCCAAGAAAUGAAGAAGGAUUUCCAAUUAUCGGCCUAUUCUGCAAUCCUCAUUGACGAAGCGCAUGAACGUUCAGUCUACACUGACAUUCUUCUGGGUCUCCUCUCCCUUGUCAUUCGCUUGCGUCGAAAGGCUUACGACAAGGAUCCGAAAAAUGCUCGUCUUCCAUUGAAGUUAAUUAUCAUGUCUGCCACACUGCGAGUCGAGGAUUUUGCUAACAACAGACAGCUUUUUCCAACUCUGAAAGCACCUAGUAAAGAGGGUAAUGGAAGUAACCAUUGCUUGGAGUGCGAUUCAGAUGAGGACGAAUCGGUUGAUAAGGCUAAAACCAGGAGACCUGGCGCUCCACCAAUUAUAAAAGUGGAGUCUCGUCAGUACCCUGUCACGUGCCACUUCUCUCGCGUUACUCCGGAGGACUAUCUCAAGGCGGCUUUCCGUAAAGUCAUAACUAUUCACAAAGACUCCCCACCUGGCGGUAUUCUGGUCUUCCUGACUGGUCAACGCGAAGUAAAGACCCUCUGCAGUUGGCUUUCUACGGCUUUUCCGGCACCCAAGACUGAUAAAACUUCAGCCAAUGACACUGAAGACGUCCCGGUUGCUCGUAUGAGUGGAGCAAGGAGACGCAAAUUGGCAAAAGAAUUGGUGUCAGCAGCUGAAGCAAAACAGAAUGAAGGCGAAAGCGAAGCCAAGAAAUCGCGAACACUGAUUAAUAUUGAUAAUACAGGCGAUGAUUCCCUCUCGGAAGAGGAAGCAACUGAGGAUCUUUCGACUUCUCGAUUCAAUCUGGACAAGUAA